GGGCCGCGGGCGCCCGGAGCUAUAAAAGGCCUGGGUGGGGCGGGCGCGGCGGCCGGGCCCGAGAGUUCAGGUGAGCAGUCUGCUCGUCGGGGCGGCCGGCAGCGGCGGCUCCAGGGCCCAGCAUGCGCGCGGGCCCCCGCGGCCACCAUGUACGUGGGCUAUGUGCUGGACAAGGAUUCUCCGGUCUACCCCGGCCCCGCCAGGCCCGCGAGCCUCGGCCUGGGCGCGCAAGCCUACGGCCCCCCGCCUGCGCCCCAGGGACCCCCGCAGUACCCCGACUUCACCGGCUACUCUCACGUGGAGCCUGCCCCGGCACCCUCUGCGGCCUGGAGCGCGCCCUUCUCCGCGCCCAAGGACGACUGGGCCGCCGCCUACGGCCCAGGCCCCGCGGCCCCCGCCGCCAGCCCAGCCCCGCUGGCAUUCGGGCCCCCUCCGGACUUUAGCCCGGUGCCCGCGCCCCCUGGGCCGGGCCCAAGCCUCCUAGCGCAGCCCCUCGGCGGCCCGGGCGCACCGUCGUCGCCCGGAGCGCAAAGGCGGACGCCCUACGAGUGGAUGCGGCGCAGCGUGGCGGCUGGAGGCGGCGGUGGCAGCGGGAAGACCCGGACCAAGGACAAGUACCGCGUGGUCUACACCGACCACCAGCGCCUGGAACUGGAGAAGGAGUUCCACUAUAGCCGUUACAUCACCAUCCGGCGGAAGGCGGAGCUCGCUGCCAACCUGGGGCUCACUGAGCGGCAGGUGAAGAUCUGGUUCCAGAACCGGCGAGCCAAGGAGCGCAAAGUGAAUAAGAAGCAGCAGCAGCAGCCCCCACCCCCCCAGCCCCCAGCCCAUGAAGUACCCCCUGCCGCAGCUGCGCCGCCCCUGGGGGGCCUGUGCCCCAGCUCUGCCAGCCUCCUGGGAGCCACCUCCCCAAUGCCUGUUAAGGAGGAGUAUCUGCCCUAGCCCUGUGCCCGGCCUUGUGGGCGGGGAUGGGGGGCGAGCUGGGGGAGGGGAAACCCUGGGGACUCAGGUGUGGGCCAUGUGGCUUAGGGCCUAGGAGGCCUCAUCUGAGCCCCAGCCCUGCUGCUGAUCUCCUGGGUAACCUUGGACAAGUUGCAAUCCAGCCCCUGCAUCCCCUUGGCCCAUCUAUGCCUAGAGGCUGUGGGAUAAAGACCUUUCCAGCUCCUGUGUUCUAGGCCUCAGGGGGGAGGUCUCGAUCCCUAGAAGGCUAAGUGAGGCGCCAUGAUAAGUCCCCAGGCCUUACCUCCUCCUCCAUGGGUUCAAGGGUGGAAGGCUGCUGGAGGGACCGGACUAACUCAGGGGGAAGGAGUUAGAGCCCAGCAAAGAUGGAAUGUUGCAGCCCAUGACCCGAGGGGAAGGGGUGAGGUCAGCUUCCACCUGCCGCUUCCUGCAGCUUUACCUCCAACUGUCCCCAUGGCGAGUUAGCCUGACCCCUCUCUAGGCUGGAUGCAAAGCACAAAGCCCAUAAGCCUGGGCCAGAGCAAGAGGCUCUGAUGACCGUCCCCUCUGGGUUACAAAGCCAUAUGCCCCCACUAGUAUUCUCUGUGGGGUCUCCAGACGGGGACAGGCAAAGGGGUUGGGGGGAGGGGUCCACCUGCCUACUUCCUACACUCCUAGGCUAUCCCUUAGGCCCCAGGCCCCAGGCCUCAGGGAGUCCCUGGGGGACUUUCUGGACCAAACAGAGCUCAUAACUGGGCAAACGUUGUAUAUAGAGUGGAACCUCUUGGAUGCAGCUUCAAGAAUAAAUUUUUUUUCUCUUUUCAAAAAAAAAGGUAUAAAAAUCAUUAUACCCAGCCUUAAAAGAAGAUGCUAAAGAAGUGUAAACCAUCCUCACCCUCCCCUAACAAUUGCAUAGUCCCCUCCAGUCUCUGUAUUUCUCUAGCAAGGUCACCUUUAAAAUGUGUUUGAAAGAUCCAAACAGGACAUUGUUAGAGUAAGUCUAUGAGACUACGUAAAAUUGUAAGUCCAUUUUGUAAGCAGAGUCAUCAGACCCAAUUUAUUAGUUUUUGAAUUUUU